AUGAGAGAUGCGCAAAAAGACGCGCCAGAACUGUGCCUGAGUCAUGAGCAAAGAAAGUGUACGAAAAGUCUUCGUAGAAGCGGCAUGAUGCUAAGCCCGAAGAUCCAACGUAGCAUCCGAGUGAACGACGGGCAGCUCAUCGCACUCUCCGACCGCGCUCAGUAUGACCACUCGCAGGCGGGGUACUUGCACAAGCGAAGCGCCGACAACACCAAGUGGCAGCUGCGAUGGUUCAUCUUGUAUCAGAACAUGCUGUUCUACUACGAGUCGGAGAACAACACGCGGCCUACGGGAGUAUUGCUCCUGGAAGGAUCCUACUGCGAGCGGCUAAGCAAGGCGCCUAUGGAAAGGAAUGCGUCGUUCUGCUUCACAAUCUCGUACCGUCGCGAGAGCCAGCGGCAGUACGAGCUGCGAGCUGCUUCUGAAGUGGACUGCGUGCACUGGGUCGACGCCAUCCGCGAGGCCAGUUCCUGCCAGAUGUCGCUGCGCGUGAUCUUUAUUAACCUCACCGGCGCACGCGCAUGUGCCCCCCGCUACGUGUCGUUCGUGUCCCACAAGCUGAACCAGCGGGACCCGGUGGGCACCUGCUACGUGGCCAAGACCUCGGACGCCAUCAAGGUCGAGGAGAUCUCGCCGUGCAGGACCACGAGCCACGGGCAGCGCAAGACGGGCGUGUGCCAGGCUGGUUUCUCGGCGGCCGUGUCAAAGGUUUAG